AUGUCAGCGGAAACUCCCAAAUCUCAUAUAGGUGAUGUUGACCAAGGCUUGAGAACGACAUUGGAUGAGCUUCUUGCCGGUUUCGCGGAGAUCACACUCCAAGAUGAUCCUCGUGACAAGCAGAUGUCGCAUGGUGAUAAGAUCCUCAAGGCGUAUCUGUUCAAGAAUGAACCUCACUUUGUCAAUGUCAUGAAGUAUAGAGAUCGGGUAAGUAUUCUACCAUCUCACCACCUUCGCAAUCACAUCCGCUAAUAUGAACUGCAGGGCUGGGUCCAAAACAAAGAGAAGGGAGAUGCGUUUUUCAAGGCUCAACGUGAGAAGGCUGAUAACACCGACAAAGUGGGCGAGAAGAGAUUCUUCGUCAUGAUGCAGCAGAUCUUGGAUGAGAUGCAGGGUCAGACUGGGUUUCUCAAUCUCCCCGUGCGAGGUGAGGAAUUGCAUGUUUUUGAUAUUUGCAUGGCGCCCGGUGGAUACACGGCUGCUGUUCUCAAAUAUUAUCCCACUGCGAAGGCUUUUGGCGUCACUUUGCCGGAACAGGAUGGUGGUCAUGCGGUUCUGAUUCCGAGUGAGGCGCUUGCUGGGCUCAAGUAUAUGGAUGUUACGAUGUUGAUCAAUGAAUUUGGUGAUGGGGGAUCGGUUCCGAAGACGCAUCCGGAUUACAAGAAGUUCAUCAUUACGAGGCCAUUCAGUUACUACAAGUUCGAUCUGGUAUUUUGUGAUGGGAUGGUUUUGAGAACGCAGGAACGCGCGACCUAUCGGGAGAAGAGCGAGGUUGUGCGUCUCAUUCAUUCGCAGUUGAUUUUGGCGAUUCAGAGAAUUGCACCAGGGGGUACGCUUGUUAUGCUUUUGCAUAAGAUCGAUUGUUUCAGCUCGGCUUUUAUACUUUAUACUUUGAGUACUUUUGCCAAAGUUGAGGUUUUUAAGCCACUUAAGAAGCACAAUACUCGUUCGUCUUUCUACAUGAUUGCCAAGGAUGUUCAACCAGAGUCUGAAGCUGCAAAGGCGGCAGUAAAGAAGUGGAAAAAUAGAUGGUGGAAGGCAACAUUUGGAGAUGGGAAAGAUGAGGAUGAACCAAUCCACCCAAAAACUGAGACGGACGAGAGUAAAUUGUUCGAGAUGAUCCAGGAGUUUGGACCCUCUCUGAUGGAAUUAGGUCGACCAAUCUGGGACGUUCAAGCUGAGGCUUUGAAGAGAACUGAGUAUGCUGGUGAUGGCUCCGGACCGCUUUCUCCAAGCACCGAUAUGCCAAGAUCGAUUUCAAUUCCAGCUCGACCACCGCUGUCGCCCUCAAGCAUUGCACCUAUGUCACCGAGUUCAACCUGGCCGAUGAGUCCUAUGACUCCAACUACUCCAUUUACUCCAAUGAUGCCCCUCUCCAAGACCGCAUCGUGGGGAAAAGGUACGAACGUUGAUGAGAAUGUCUCUCCUCGUAGUCCUCGAAGUCCUGGUUUUGGUCGUGGUUUCCAACGAUUCUCUGCGGGAAGCUAUGAGGGAGCGCGCUGGGGACCGGAUAAGUGA